UCAAUAUGGCUGCCGUAUCUUUAUUUAUUUCAUAAAAUGAUAUUUUUAGUAGAAUCUUUAUGCAAAUGGACUAAAAACAUGUUUUGUUAAUCAAAUUUUAGUAUACAGAGCUUUAUAUUUUAGUUAUAUAUAUGUUUUAUAUCAUGACAUUAUUCUUUUAUCUGACAAUAGAUAAGCAUUUGACACGUGAAAUUAAACCGUCGUGUAAGCACUUGAUUCGUUGUCAAUGAAACAAAUGGCCCGUGGACUCGAUAAUGAAGGAAGAUAAACUCCAGGUCAGCUGACAGUUAACAUGCUUGUUUAAUAAUAUUUUCCUCUUCUGAAUUUAUAUUUUUGUUCUGGUGCAUGAUUGUUUUGAUUUCCAUUGGAUACAUUUUUCAUGUACCGUACCAAGCAUAAUGAUAAUGAUGAUAAUGGACAAUGCUUGAUAUUAGGCUUAUAGGCUACUAUAGUUAAAAAAGAGAUAUAGGAUAUAUUUUGAAAAAUUGCUUUGAAACCACAUAAUUAGAAAGACAUGAUACCAGUACAACAGUUGGUACAAAUUAUUAUUCUGGUGGUUGUCAACAUUUGUAACAGUAAGAGUGCCUCCGUCUUUUCUCCUGCUGAUAUUUUGAUGAUAGUCAAAGAUAAUUGUGCUGUAGUAACAACAGGAGAAGAAAUAAAUGAAGAAAUUCGGCAUGUCAGCAGUAUAUUUAAUACAGAAGACAAUGUGGUUGUUGGACGGAUAAAUGUAGAUGGAUUUCUCUGGCCAGAUAAAACAGAACCAAAAUUCAAUAAUAAAUUCAGGAAUAAGCAUGAUAGAAUAAUAGUAUUUCAGAAAAUAGUUAAAGAUCGCUCCUGUCUUCAUAAGAUACCGGAACUAAAACCCAAUAUAAUUGAAUUUGAGGCAACAGUUACAAUAGAGAACCUUGUGAAUUUUAUAAAUGAACAUUGCUAUACAUACAAAUCGACUGAUGGUAGCCUGUCAUUUGAAGGUCUCCACAAACAAGAAAUCCUUAGUAACUUAUACCAUGUUGAAAACAUAUCAAAUUUGAAUAUGGGGAAAAUGUACGAAGACUCACAAACAUUAACCUGCACUGGUAGUCAUGACAAUAAUAGUUGUCGCUCGAGUAAUGAGCAUAAUUUAUUUCGUCUAAGUAAAAUUCCUGAGUGUGAAAGAAUCAAAAUGGAAGAUUCCAUGAAUUUUUUUCAUGAAUAUCUAAAAAUAUCAAAACCUGUCAUCAUUGAAGGGGCUAUGGAAACAUGGAAGUCUUAUAAAUGGACAGAAAAGUUUUUCAGAAAACGCUAUGGAACAAAAGAAGUCCAUAUUAAACUAACAUCAGGAGGAGAUUAUGAAGGCGUUGAAUCUGUGUCUUUGUGGGAAAAUUAUACUGCUUUUUCCAACAAUAUUCCUUUGGAAGUCAAGCUGCAGUUAAAAUUUCCAGAUCUAGUCGUUGUUCGUCCAGCAACAUUAAACAUGAACUUUUCACAGUUUUUAGACCUUGUAAAUCGCAUAUCUAAUCAAACUUUAAACAAUCUAUCCGCUUAUUUAGAGUAUUCUUCCAUUAGAGAAUAUUUUCCAGAAUUAGAAAAUGACAUUGAAGAAAUGAGUUUUAUUCAAGGAUUGUUAAAUCUAAAUCAUUUGAAUAUCUGGCUUAGUGAUGGAAACACACUAGGAAAAACUCAUUUUGAUCCUUAUGAUAACUUCCUCUGUCAGAUAAGUGGUAAAAAAGAGGUUAUUCUAUUUGAUCCACAUAAUAACUCUAGAUUAUAUGAAGCCCACAUUCCAGAAGCCAUCUUAUCUUACAAUAAAGAAGAAAAAAUAUUUAAAAGAAAACAAUUAGUAGAGAGUACAUCACUUGUCAUGUCACCAGUAGAUAUACUAAAGCCAGAUUUUAAGAGAUUUCCAAAGUUUGCUGAUGCCUAUCCUUUAAAUUGUACAAUUGAUGCUGGUGAUGUUUUGUUUAUUCCUGCUUUCUGGUGGCAUGAAGUUCAAUCAUAUCCAAGUAAAUCUGAACACAGAAAUUUAGCUGUAAACUUCUGGUAUGAGCCAUUCCUUACUAAAGAAUUUCCAUGUCAAGACUGUCGUUUAGAUAUCAACCCUAACUAUAGACAUCUUCUCUAGGUGGCAUCUGAGAAAGGUGAAUGGAAUCAACAUCAGAAAAAACGAAUUGUUACAUGAGAUAGUGUAAUGUCUUUUUCUAAACUGUGUUUUUUAUUGUGAUAAGAUUUAUUAUUAUAAUUAAUGCUAAAGCUAGGAAUAAUUUUUGAUGGCUACUGCACUGUUCCCAAAUGUACUGCAAUUUUACAGUUGAACUAUACAGAACAUGUACUGCAAUUUUACAGUUGAACUGUACAGCACAUGUACUGCAAUUUUACAGUUGGACUGUACAGCACAUCCUGUAAUUCACAGUAAGACUGUUGGGUACAUGUACUGUAAUUUUACAAUAGGAAUAUGCGAUACAUAUACUGUACUUUUACUGUAGGAUGGUAGGGUACAUGUACUGUAAUUUUACAGUAGGACUAGUGUAGGGUACAUGUACUGUAAUUUUACAGUAGGACUGUAGGUUACAUGUACCUCAAUUUUACAGUAGGAUGGUAGGGUACAUGUACUGUAAUUUUACAGUAGGUCUGUGUGCAAUCUGAUUAAAAUACAGAUCUAUAUUUCGUUUCGUUUUUUUAUACUUUCGAUGGCCUACACUACAUGAAGAUCUGACAAGUUAUAGCGAUAGGUCACGUCAGGGGUCAAAAGACCGACUUAUGACCCUAUGGCAUCAGGCAUUUGAUUAACCAAUCAGCUUUGAUGUUACUAGUGGAUUACCCACAGUUCCGUGAAAAACACGCCUAAAGCUCGCCGUAACAGACCGUUUCAUUGGAUUAUUCCUGACACCAGUCAGAACACGAGUUAAAUAACAAAUCUUCCAGAUCCAAGUGUAGUAAAGAUAAGUAAAACGAAAUUUUGAACUAUAAAAACGAAAUGAAAUAGGAUCUGUGUUUUAACCAGAUUGGUCUGUGUGGUACAUGUACUGUAAUUUUAAAGUGAGAUUAGUGUACACAUAAUGUCAUUUAAGAGAACAACUCCUGUAAUUUUACAGCAGGACUAUAGAUAGGGUACAUGUAAUGUCAUUUUACAGUGGGUAUUUGUGCUGUUGAUUUAUUUUUGAAAGUUGAUCCAUAUUGUACAAACAAACAAACAAUGUGUCAAUCAGCGAUAUAAAAACUGAUGUGAGAUAAGAUGAUACUUCCUGGAUUUCAAUCAAUCAGAAUUAAAGACAAGUAUAUUUGUUGACAGUCCACUAUAUGCCUAGUUCUAUACAUUCCACUAUAUGCUUAAUUCUAUGCAUUCCACUAUAUGCUUAAUUCUAUACAUUCCACUACAGGCCAAUUCUUAUACAUAAAACUAUAAGCCUAGUUCUAUAUAGUCCACUACUGGCCUGUUUCCAUACAUUCUACUAUAUGCCUAGUUCCAUACAUUCUACUAUAUGCCUAGUUCUAUACAUUCUACUAUAUGCUUAAUUCUAUACAUUCUACUAUAUGCUUAAUUCUAUACAUUCCACUACUGGCCUAUUUCCAUACAUUCCACUAUAUGCCUAGUUUUACUACUUUAUUUUAACUGUGCUUAAAUUAAUAUUUAAAGGGGAAUAUAUUUAUUUUUUAAAGGAUCAUAAUAUUUGAUUUAGCUGUAAUCCUUUGUGUCAAACAGUAGCUUAUACCUUAAGGCUAAAACCAAAUAAUGUCUAGUUCUUGGGGGAAUUGAUAAAUACAUGGCUACUCGAGUUUAGUGAACAGAGUUUUGUUUAAAUCUAGUAUUUUUUGGUUUUUAAAUAAUUUUUCCCCAUAGAUACAGGAAACUAAAAUUGAAAUAAAAUUGAUCCAUAUGUUAGUCCCAAAAUUACCAGUGGAUGUUAAACCCCAUCUCUCUCCCUCAUAGUAACACCACUUGGUUUUAUGUUUAUGAAACAUAUGAUUACAAUUUUUUUUUUUUUUUUACCAAACUCAUGACUAUUUUUCCUGUUCCUUAUGAUGUUUGCCUUUUAUAAUGAUUACAAUACACUUAUAUUGACAUAUCUGUAUCUAUAAAAGGGGAAAACCCCAUCAUAAUUGAGUUUGGGUAUCAUGUCUUUUUAAAAAUACUUUUAAUUAGAAUGGGUAGUCUGAUUUGAACAUUUGCCUAAUGUAUGGAGCAGAUUGCUAAAAUUAUGAUGUGAUGCUAAAAAGUAAUGUUUUUUUUAUAAUUUUUAACUAUGUUCAUAUAUUUUUAAAUUUUUUAUUAUUUUACACUUGUUUUGAUUGAUGUUAAAUCUGGUUUUAUUUUGAUUGGUUAUAAACUGAAAAACCAUUGUCAUGUCUGGUCGACAAAGACAAGUUCUGUGGUUGUUUGUUUGGGAGUGAUGUGGAUCAGGGUCUCACAGCAUGGGACACCAAAUUAACAUAUUUAAGUUAAUUAAACCCAUCCAAAUACACAGCUCUUAGCUAAUCUGGAAAUUUUAUGAUGUAGCGAAAGGUCCUCUAAAUUUUCUAGCAUGGUUUUUGCUUGUCAACCGUGCUGGCAGGGAAAAGCUUGUAUUCCUUCACAUGGGACCAAAAAACAAGGUUUCAUGUAAAAGAUUGGCUGCACAUUUGGAAAUCGAAAUAGUGCUGUAGUGUAGGGCUAAAUUUCUCUCACUGCAUGGCAUAUGCCGCCAUCUUCAUUAGUCCAUUUCGUAAAAUACUAAACACCAUCUCAUUUUGGCUAAUAUGGGAUUUUGAAUUUCUCAAAUUUUAACACUUCUUGAGUUUGUAUUAAACCCUUAAAACCCUAUUCGAAAUUGCUCAGAAACAAAGAGUCACUGGAUGUCCAAAAAAGAGUCGGUUUUGAUGACAAUAUAUGUUAUGGAUGAUUUAUAGUAUAUACUAUAUUUGAAUAUAUAUAUCUGAAAUGGAUUGGUGUGUAUUAUUCAAUGUAUAUUUGUAAUAUAUUAUUAUUCCAGUAACCAUCUUCUUAAUAUCUUUUGUUGUUUUCUGACUAUCAGUUACACCCAAAGCAAUAUUGCUUGUCACUCUAAUGCCAGUUGAAAUAUCUGUAUUUUGGCAACUGCUAGAAAGACAUUUGCUCAGUAUUGGUCUGAGUAGUCCUAUAAGUUUAUGAUUAUGUGAUUUAAUAAUAAAUAAAUAAAU